GUGUGCAGGCCGUAGAGGCUAUAACUCUGAAUUGGUCCAAAGGAUGGCUUUGGACUGCUUACGGCUCGUGAGUGAUGUGUCCAGAGAAGGGCGCAACGCUGCAGAUGUCAUCUUGCCACGUGACGCCCGUGGCGGCUACCGGUCGAUGACAGCUUGCUCACACAAACGCAGCUCCUUCCCCUCAGCAUGUGGCUGAUCUACCUUGUCAACGCCUUCCAAGGGUCGAUCACCUCUAAUCUUGCCGCAUACAUUGCCAGCGACUUUGAAGAUGCGCCACUAGUCACCGUUAUCGGAACGGUUUCCUCCAUCAUGGCGACCGCUAUGACUAUGCCGAUUGCGAGGAUGUUGAACGUCUGGGAUCGAGGUAACGGUUUCCUGUUCCUGGCAGCCAUUGCAACUCUGGGUCUGAUCCUAUCAGCCGCCUGCAAUAGUCUGCCAGUGUAUUGUGCCGCUCAAGUAUUCUACUACGUUGGUUUCCAAGGCCUAAUCUUCUGCGUCGAUGUCAUCACUUUGGACACUUCGACUCUGAGGGAUCGAGGCCUUGCAUACGCGUUCACCUCGUCGCCAUACAUCAUCAGCGCCUUCGCCGGGCCUAAAGCAGCCGAAGGGUUCAACGACUACAACUGGCGCUGGGGGUAUGGCUGCUUUGCCAUCAUCCUGCCAUUCGUCUGUAUCCCCUUGUAUGGUACCCUCUUGUACAACAAGAAGAAGGCGAUUGCCUCUGGUGCUCUCAUCCAGCCGGUAUCGGACAAGAAGAGCGUCAAGGCCUGGCUAUGGGACUUCAUCAUUGAGUUCGACUUGGUGGGCGUAAUCUUGUUGGCUGGCGGCAUGUCCCUCUUCCUGUUGCCGUUCAUCAUCGCUGGGUCAACAGAAGAUCAGUGGGCUGCUCCGCACAUCAUUGCGAUGCUAGUGGUGGGAUUCAUUCUCCUGGUUGCUUUCGCGCUAUUCGAACGCUUUGUUGCGCCAAGGCCUUUCAUUCCCUACUCCGUCCUACGGAACCGUACCAUUCUUGGUGCUUGUCUGCUGGAUUUGGUCUACCAGAUCGCCUACUAUUGCUGGGACGACUAUUUUUCCUCCUACUUGCAAGUCGUCUACAACAGGUCGCUGGCAGACGCUGGCUACAUCGGCAACAUCUUUGAUGUUGUCUCGGGUGUCUGGUUGCUGGGCGUCGGCUACUGCAUUCGAAGAACUUGCCGCUUCAGGUGGUUGUUGUACUGGUCCGUACCUCUAUACAUACUGGGCGAAGGGCUGCUCAUCUACUUCCGAAAGGAGGGGACCAACAUUGGCUACAUCAUCAUGUGCCAGAUCUUCAUGGCCAUCGGCGGUGGUACCAUUAUCAUUGUGGAGCAAGUUGCUAUCCUCUCUGUCCCAACUCACAACGACGCUGCCUCCGCGUUGGCUAUUCUCGAGAUGUUUGGAACCGUAGGUGACGCCGUGGGCGCCUCGGUCUCUGGUGCUAUAUGGACGCAACUCUUCCCCAAUUACCUCCAGACAUUACUUCCGGAAGAAAGCGUAGGGGACUGGGAGACCAUCUACGACUCACUGGAUGUACAGCUGAGCUACCCAGUGGGCAACGUGACCCGCACAGCCAUCUCGCAGGCCUAUGGCGAUACUCAGACCUGGAUGGUCACAGCUGGUACCAUCUUCAUGGCUUUCUCGCUCGUAUGUAUUUUCAUCAUUCGAGAUAUUAAGCUGGACACCAAGAGUCAGGUCAAGGGCCUCUUAUUCUAAUUUACCAGCCGUUAACCCGGCAUAGCGUCGUUGGGUGAACGGCGAAGACCGACGAUGGAAAGACUGGCGGUACAGUGGGGCUGCUUUUGGUGGAUUACGAACAGAAGUGGCCGGAUGUCAAUGUCAAAGUCAUGACGAGAGCCAAUAAUAUAUAUC